AUGCCGGACUCGACGAAGAUGGGCCUUGAUGGGGCGAACGACUCAAAUAUACCACGAACAGAAGCGCCAGAGGAGGAUGACAGCUUCAAGCUGAAGUUUUGCACAGUGUGUGCAAGCAACCAGAAUAGAUCAAUGGAAGCCCACGACCGCCUCUCCCGCGCCUCCUUCCCCACCCUCUCCUUCGGCACCGGCUCCCUAGUCCGGCUCCCUGGCCCCUCCAUCUCCCAACCCAACGUCUACGAAUUCGACUCGGUAUCCUACGACCACAUCUACCGGGAGCUCGAGUCGCGUGACCCGCGCCUCUACAAAGCGAACGGCCUGCUCAACAUGCUGGGGCGCAACCGCACCGUCAAGCUGCGGCCGGAGCGCUGGCAGGACUGGAAAGUCGGGAUCCCGCGGCUGGAACAGAAGGCGGAUAGGGGGAGUAAGGGCACCGAGGGCGGGGUUGUGGACGUGGUCAUUACGUGCGAGGAGCGGUGCUGGGAUGCUGUUGUGGAUGAUCUGUUGAACAGGGGUAGCCCGCUCAAUCGGCCGGUGCAUGUGUUUAACGUUGAUAUCAGGGAUAAUCAUGAGGAGGCGUUGGUGGGGGGGAAGGCGAUUCUGGAGCUCGCGACGGCGCUGAACAAGGCGGCGGCGGAGGAGAGACAAACACACGGUACGGAUGGGUGGCAUAUGGGUGCUGGGGCGGCGAGAAGCGGGUUCGACGAAAGAGUUCCGGAUAUCCUGGCAGAGUGGCAGGACAGGUGGCCGACUCUACCAGCCCUGUGGACGCUGGCGUGGUUUUGA